ACCACGGUGCCGUACCAUUUAUUUGAGAACCAUGCAUGAACGAUGACCAUGAUGGCAUAGGCAGUCGAGAUGUCGAGAUGUUAUUACCUGGUACCACGUCGCCAUUCGCCUUUCACUAGUCAAUAAUGCACGGCGUCCACACUUAGAAUUUUACUCAUGCAAGAGAUAGAACCUCUGUUCCCCUCUGCAUCGGUGCUCUGGUCUUCUAUUAGCUACCGGUAUAAGCUCUGCUGACAAAAGUGAAAAAGAGAUCAGCCAAAAUGAACAAUAAUGAUGACAAGAUGAUACCCAAGCCCUUAGACAACUACUGCGAAACCCAUCAAGUGGUGAUUGAUUCGAAUACCGAGACCGAGGACCUUGCGCCGAAGAAAGGAAGCAGUGACGAAACUGAGGUUGAAGAAUUGGAGCAAGAAAUGGAUGUCUCUGGUCCAAUGCCGCUACCUGAGCCGUCCAGUUCCACCAAAAUGAACGAUAAUGAUGACAAGAUGAUACCCAAGCCCUUAGACAACUACUGCGAAACCCACCAAGUGAUGAUUGAUUCGAAUGCCGAGACCGAGGACCUUGCGCCAAUGGAAAUCUCUGGCCCAUUGCCGCUACCUGAUCCGUCCAGUUCCACCCAACCCACGGCACGAAGGCGCCGUCCACCUCCCAGUCACAUUAGCACCAAAAGCCGCAUCAGUGAAGCUCCAGUGGACCCUGAGAAUCUGCCUGGCGCUUUCCCAGAAGUCCCUGGUUGGAGGCAACAGCAGUCUUCCUUUACCGAUAGCGGAGAACUCGGAUUUUGCAGCUCCCAUUUCGGCAAUCGAAAUCUGUAUACAAGCACCACCCUUCAACUUGCAGAGGAAGGGCGUGUGAUCGACGAGAUGGACGAAUCCACAAGCAGUAGCAACCGAGACGGUUUGGUCGAAGCCAUUCCGGUCUCAUUGCCAACCGAAAAAGCAGAACCCGUCAGUUUGGAAGAUACAAAGCAAAAGAAACAGCAACGCGACAAAACGACACGCUUUCGUCAGCUUUGCUUCUUGGCUGGAGGAUUGACUGUGCUUGCAGCAGCUGGGCUCAUUGCAAUCCUCGCUGCAUCAAAGAGUUCGUCACACAACAACAUCCAAACCCCCGCUGAAGGCGGAGCAUCGAAUACUACCAACAGCACUGAAACAAUCAACUCUCCUUCGGUUCAAUUGAUCUUGCCAAUAACCCUGCCAGAGAGUACCACCAACACCAUAUCACAAGACGUGACAAUCAGCACACCCCAGGGUCAGGCAUACCAAUGGCUAGUCCAGGAUCCCAACGUAGAACAAUACACAGAAUAUCAAUUGCUCGAGCGCUUUGCCGCUGCCACGUUUUAUUUUGCAACCAACGGAUCCGAAUGGACGUUUCAAGGGGGAGGCCAAGUGACGAUCGUCGUAGAUGAGGACCCCAACAUGAUGCACCAAGGGCAGCGGCCACCAGAUUCCAACGCGUCACUUCCGCCGCCACCACCUCCUGGUGAAGGAGGUCAGCAUAAGCAACAAAAAGUAAACAUUACGUCCGAGAAAUGGUUGAGCUAUAACAGCUCUGUUUGUGAUUGGUAUUCCACUGCAUCUGCCAGGGGUAAACAAGCCUGUGGCCCAAGUGGAGUCCUGAAAGAGCUUCACUUGCUUGAAAACAACCUCAAGACUACCGUUAUUCCUGCAGAAAUCGGAUUGUUGACAAGACUCCAAGGACUGGUGCUGGGUUUGAAUCGCAUAGAGGGCACCUUCCCUUCGCAAGUUGGAGAACUGACAAGUCUCACAUCGUUUCGAUUGGUCAGCAAUUUAUUCACUGGACAAAUUCCAUCUGAAAUGGGGUUGCUUUCCCUCCUUGGCGACAUUGGGAUUCAGGACAAUAUGUUUUCGGGGACAGUGCCGCAGGAGAUUUGGAACAUGUCGAAUUUGCGAGUGCUCAAGGCAGCCCGAAACAGCUUUUCGGGGACUCUUCCGAUUGAUCUUGGACAUGGACUGGCAAAUCUGGAAUUGCUCAUGCUGGACCAAAAUCGCUUCACUGGAGAGCUCCCAGCAAUUCUUCCGCCCAAUCUGAACUUUUUAGAUGUCAGCUUCAACCCCCUGCAUGGCCAACUGCCGUCUGAACUGGGGACGUUGCAACGUUUGGCCAAAUUGAGGGCGGAAGACACGGAUCUCUCGGGCGUGAUUCCCUCUGAGCUUGGGAUAUUACCAAGGUUGAUCGAAAUUGAAUUGCGAGGUAACCAAGGCAUUGGGGGGUCCCUGCCCAGUGAGCUCGCUCAGUUGAACAGCACAUUGGUACAGCUGAACAUUGAGAAGACGGCAAUAACUGGAACAAUUCCCUCGGCACUGUGCAAUAUUCAGUUUCUGCAGUUUGACUGUUCCGAGACACUGUGUGGAUGUGACUGUCCUUGCAUGCCCAGCUAGACCAUAUCAUACCGAAAAAUUAGCAACGUGACAACCUCCGUUGAGACCAAACCGGGCAGACACGCAGAUAGUUGGCCAGAUGGUGGUAUAUUGUAGAAUGAUCAAUCGUAGUGCGUGGUUGGAUAAUGGGGUUUAGAAUAGAGAGGUUAUCUAUCUACGGCCAGGCUUAUCGUUGUGCGUUGAUGACACAGGGACU